CGGAGGGGCUAGGGGGCUGCUUGUAUUGGCUGCUCCGCUGAGUUGUCUCUGGCGCUCAUUGCAGCCAACUCGAACCCACGCUCCGGGUUCAGGGAAAAGAUGAGCGCCGCAUAACCUGCCCGCCCAUCUCCUGCCCGGCUCUCGAGGUUUGCCCCUUCCAGUGCCGCCUUUUCUGCGGGCCGGCUUGGCUCUCCUCCUUUUUGCCCUGGGCUGACGACGCACCGUCGCAGGAAAAAGGAGGAGCACUCAGGGUGGGUUUGGCUAGAUUUUGCGAUUCUGGGCACCGCGGCCUCGGAGACAUGGAGUACACCGUGUCACCCAAACCUCAGCUCUCCUCCCGUGCGAACGCCUUCUCCAUCGCGGCUCUCAUGUCAAGCGGAAACCCCAAAGAGAAAGAAAACCCCGAGAACACCCUUAAGCCUCUGGAGCAAUUUGUGGAGAAAUCAUCUUGUUCUCAGCCUCUGAGUGAUUUGCCAAACUUGGACACCCAUGGGGAUUUUAGCAGCAGUAGCAGUCCUUCAUCUCUCUGCACAGAGCCACUAAUCCCCACCACCCCAGUUAUCCCUAGUGAAGAGAUGGCUAAAAUCUCCUGCAGUUUGGAAACCAAAGAGCUUUGGGACAAAUUCCAUGAACUAGGGACUGAGAUGAUAAUCACAAAAUCAGGAAGAAGGAUGUUUCCAACCAUUAGGGUUUCCUUUUCUGGUGUGGAUCCAGAAGCCAAGUUCAUUGUGCUCAUGGAUAUAGUUCCAGUGGACAAUAAGAGAUACAGAUAUGCCUACCAUAGAUCUUCCUGGCUGGUUGCUGGCAAAGCAGACCCCCCUCUGCCUGCAAGGCUGUAUGUGCAUCCAGAUUCUCCAUUUACUGGAGAACAAUUGCUGAAGCAGAUGGUAUCCUUUGAAAAAGUGAAACUCACCAACAAUGAGCUAGAUCAGCAUGGUCAUAUAAUAUUGAAUUCAAUGCACAAAUAUCAACCUAGAGUGCAUAUAAUCAAAAAGAAGGAUCAUACAGCUUCAUUGCUUAACUUGAAAUCUGAAGAAUUCAGGACAUUUAUAUUUCCAGAGACAGUGUUUACAGCUGUCACUGCCUAUCAAAACCAACUGAUAACCAAGCUGAAAAUUGACAGCAACCCUUUUGCUAAAGGAUUCAGGGAUUCUUCCAGACUCACAGAUAUUGAGAGAGAAAGUGUAGAGAGUCUUAUACAAAAGCAUUCCUAUGCUCGAUCCCCCAUCAGAACCUAUGGAGGAGAAGAUGAAAUUCUGGGAGAUGAUAACCAAACAACACAAAGCCGAGGAUCAGCUUUUACCACAUCUGAUAAUUUGUCCCUCAGUUCCUGGGUCUCAUCCUCUUCAGGUUUUCCUGGAUUUCAACAUCCACAGUCCUUGACUACUCUUGGUUCCAGUAGUGCCUCAAUAGCCACUCCAAUUCCUCACCCAAUUCAAGGAUCACUGCCUCCAUUUAGCCGCCUGGGAAUGCCUUUGACACCUUCUGCCAUUGCUAGCUCAAUGCAAGGAAGUGGCCCCACAUUCCCAUCUUUCCAUAUGCCCAGAUACCACCAUUAUUUUCAGCAAGGGCCUUAUGCAGCAAUUCAGGGAUUACGCCAUUCUUCUACAGUGAUGACACCUUUUGUAUGACUGACCCCAAGCCAAGGAGAGGCAAGAUUAGGCCCAUAAGAAUGAUGAACAUACAGUAUUGCAAAGAUCUGAGAAGAAACAUUGUAAGAAUUGAAGAGAAAAACCAGCCUGCAUGAGACACGAUGAAGGAAUUAAAGUUACAUGAAAAAUGUGCUAAUCAGAGUGGCUGGGAAGUCUAAACCUAAUGUUGCCAAAUGGAUUCUGAAUGUAGCAAGGUUUCCAAUUAUUUGCCAGAUUAUGUGAAAGUGCAUCAUAACCACUAGAUGAAAGGCUGUGUUAAUGCAAUAGUAUAUAGCUUUGCUGUCCCAAAGAUGCUUUUUCAUGAGGCAACUGGACUCUGUUUUGUUUUGUUUUGUUUUGAAGACAUUUCAUUUCUCAUCCAAGAAGUUUCUUCAGCGCUGACUGGAUGG